GUCCCAUGGUUUGGCUUCUCUUUGAUACACUUCCCCUUAAUCAGGAGUGCCCUCCACAGCUGCGAGUGUAACUUGAUUUGGAGUGACACUCGGUAGUGAAGUGGUAGUGGGUAGGGAGUGGUUUGGGAUUGGGCCAAAGACACCCUUUAGAGGCAGUGGUAUGAAGAGUGGGAAAGUCUGCAUACGGCAGGUGGGAGGGGAGGAGUAUGGACCAAACAAACUUUCAGCCGGGAGCCCGCUGUCCGUGUCACGUGUGAGACCAAGUCAGUUGAGUUAUUUUAAUAAAAAUGCAGUGUGCUAGUAUGUGUAGAGUGCUAUCCUGGUAACGUACCAGAUGUGGCUGUGAGUCAAGAUAAAACAGAUCGAAAUCAAAUUGUACAGAUCAAACUCUGCUAUAUAAAGAGGGUGGCCUGAAACCCCCAACACAACAGGUUGAGAAUCCUGUCGCCACGAUGCAGAGUCUGCACAAGUUCCUGCUGUUUAAUGUUCUGGCUUGUCUCGGACAAAACCUAUCUGGGAGUGGAAUUAUAGGUGGAGAAAAAGCCCCGGAGAACUCAACGCUGUAUAUGGCCUCAAUACAGAAAAAUGGACAACAUGUGUGUGGAGGAUUCCGCAUCAGUGAAGACACUGUGGUCACCGCUGCACGCUGUGAUGUAUUUCUCAGGCAUCUGGAAAAAGCUAAAGUUGUUCUGAGCACCCACAAAACUGAUGCAGCUAUAAAAACAGUGAAAUACAUCAAGAAGAAGUGCAAACACCCCUCUUAUGAGGAUUUUACAAAAGGAAAUGACAUCAUGCUCCUACAAGUGGCGGGGGAGGAGGGAAUGAAUGUUGAUGUAAAAACAAUUGCAUUGGCUGAUAUUAAGGUAGAAGCAAACAAAAAGUGCAGUGUAGCUGGAUGGGGUUGCACUACACCUGGUGAUAACACUGUAGAUGAUCUGAAAGUGGCCAAUGUGUCUAUCAUUAACCUGCAAGACUGUAAGAAGAAAUGGCCUGGUCUUUCUGCAGAUGUUAUCUGUGCAGGUGGAUAUAGCACAAAGCGAACUCUUUGUAAGGGGGAUUUUGGUGGUCCACUGGUGUGUGACGGGAAGGCUGUGGGUGUGGCGUCUUAUAACGAAUGUGGCAACUGCAUCAACACAAAUGAACCCAGCAUCUAUACGGACAUCUCAAAGUUCCUCCCAUGGAUCAACAAAGUUUGCAAGAAUUGGAAAGAUUGAAAAAAAUAACAAUCUUACACACAGCUUUGCUUCAGCAUCUUUGUAUUUGUAUUUUGGAGGAGUAGUUGUGUCUGAGUCGCUCUGUCAGUGUUUGCUCUUUAUUGGAAAGGCAAAAUA